UAUUCGUGGUGGCAGACAUGAUUUGAUCGUGAAAAGAUAUGAGAGUGUGAGAGUGUGAUGUAGCAUGCUAUGACGAUCGAUGACGACAGGCGGAGCAGGUCUUGGCGUGUGACGCCACAAACGGAAAUUCCCGGACUCCUCCGGCGGCUUCCGGGGGCCUUCACGUGCCAGGGUUAACGCCGUCGCCGCGGAAUCAAAUUGAACUUCACCAUAAGUCGGAGGUAAUCACAGUGGCACACGAGGAAAAUGCGUUCGAUGGAGUGUGUCCCAGCUGUGGUGUCCUCACGCCUUCGGCCCUCCCACACCCUUCACUCUAUUUAGGUAAGGGGCGUCCAGGGUAUAUAAUAAACGUCCGCUUCGAAUAUCGCGUCUGCCGAACAAGCGUCUGCUUCUCGACCCCUCAUGCUCGCUCUGCUGCACAGCUGCUUCAUUCCCUUGGCUUUCAGCUUACUGGUUCAUGCCACCGUCUCUAAUCUACAAGCCCCGAUCGCUGCCGUCUCUGGCGGCAGUAUAACCGUGACUUGGGCGAACGACGGCACCGAUAGGUGGGCCGCAGUCGAUUUGUUUCUCAUCACUCACCUCCGCAGCCAGCCGCUGACCUUGGCGCUCUUUGGCGCAUUUAACGGUCCUUUUGCUAUUGCCAACGAUGUCGACCCGCUACAAGACACCAUGACUGUCGCGCUGCCCCCUGUCCCUCCGGGUUCGCAGUACACCCUCGGCCUAAUCAGCAUGUCGAACACCGCCAAUGUCCUGGCGACCAGCCCUGCGUUCGAGAUCUAUUCUCCGGGAUCGACGCCGACAGGGGCCAAAGUCACUCCGCUAUCCAGUCUUCCCUCUCCCACCCACGGUACUCACACGACGAUGCCACACGCACUCCUCCGCGCCCUCCGCGCCAAAACCCCCGCGUUCGGUCUCUGGCUGACGGCCCCCGGCUUCCUGCACACCCGCACAGCCGUGCACGCCGCCCCGCGCGGCGUUCUCUCCUGGGUCGCCCUCGACUGCGAGCACGGCGUCGUCCCCGGCUCGGGUGCCCAGCUCGCUGAAUCGAUCGCUGCGGUGCACCUCGACGACGGCUCGGGCGGAGUGCGGCCGAGUGCGGUGGUGCGCGUUGCGGCUCUGGGGAGCGAUGCACGUCAGGGCGGCGUGGGGUGGCAGGUGAAGCACGCGCUGGAUGUGGGUGCGAGGGGCGUCAUAGUGCCCAUGGUGUCCACGGCCGACGAAGCGCACGCGAUCGCCAGAUGCGCGCGGUACCCACCCCGCGGCCGGCGCGGCUUCGGCAGCCCCUACACGCAUCUCAUGUGGGGCCAGCCCUCCGCGGCGGACUACCUCGCAGGGGCGGACGGCGCGGUGCUGGUGAUGGCGCAGAUCGAGACGCGCGAGGGCGCGCAGAACGUGCGUGCCAUUGCGUGUGUCGAUGGGAUUGACGUGCUGUUCGUUGGCCCGUACGAUCUGUCGAUGGCGUUGGGAUUCCCACCGCCGAACCCGGACCCGCAUCCCGAGGUCGAGAAGGUCAUCCAGCAGAUUCUCGCAACCAGUCGCCGGGAAGGAAAGAAGUGUGCUAUUUACUGCACGAACGGAGCGCAAGCUGCACAGCGUGCGAAGGAAGGAUUCGACAUGAUCAACGUUCUGAACGACGUUCGAGCCUUGUCGAGCGCUAUCGAGCAGGAAUUGCUGGUCGCAAGUGGCAGCAAGAGUGGAGGGACCGUCUGAAAUGUCCGGUCUCUAAAAAUGGUCCUGUUUCGCUCGCAAACCCAUGAUCGUGCUCGACAUGUCGUACCAAUACUGACCAAUGGCUGAGUAUCUGUAACACUGCCGAGUAUGACUUGUUUGGAACAUCUUUAGUGCACGGCAGUCUCAGCUGGGUUGCCACUUGGAGAUUGACACCCAAGUUCUAACUUUUACAGUUACACAUACAUGAAACGAGGCGGCCACGAGAAUUUGCAGAAUGUCGCCGGACCAGUGGGCUAUCAAUCCUGACUUGGAAGUCGGACUUCCCGCGCCGAGGAUAAAAGCCAUACCCUCGUUCCUGGAAAGGAUGAAAAAUUAACCAGCGUGCCCCAGAGCACAAUCGUGUUUGUGCAUUAAGGGGGAAUCGAACCCCCGGCGGGUCGAUACGACAUAGUAGGGGAGGAAAAUAUAUCCGUGCGGGCUCUGAAUGCUGCAGCCGAAACCCUUAAUUAUUAUACAAUUGGAUCAACAAAGUCGGCCACCAAAAAUCCCGGAGCACUCGUUGAGUCGGCUGAACGAAACCCGCGGCAAAUCCGAUUCUCAGUGCUCGACAGAAAAGUCGAGAACAGGACAUCCGUCCUUUCUCCGCUGAGCGUCUCGGAAUCGUAUUCGGACGAGCCGCUCAAUGCGGGGUCCCGGAUGUUCAGCAUGAGGCGCGAGAUCAUGACUGAGGAGAUGCUAUCGGCAGGGCAAUAUGAGCGUCGCGAAGAAUUUGAAGGAAAGGCAUCUGCAUACACGUUCAUGAAGGUCGUUGCUACACCGCGGGUGUAGUCCUGCAGGGCGAUAAGAAUGCAUGGGACGCUCAGUUUGGGUUAUCGGAUCCCACCUUUCCUACCUGGGGGACAAGUUUAGAGUAUGAGCAGCUGGCCUACAAAUGCUACGCACGAUAUUAGCUCGGCGACGGAGAGCCAUCGGCGACGCGCACCCGAAAUAGAUCGACCCGUCUCGGAGUAAAACAGAAAGCAGCGAAAGAGCACCCCCGUUCGAUCGGCGCCUAAACUGCAGCGCGCGGUGAACCGUCAGAAAGAAGAUAAUGAUGUCGAACACGCCCAUGGAUCCCCACGCGUAAAUCAGUCCGAUACCCCUGUCAGAGAAGCGGAGCUCAAUUAUACUUGGGUCGCAUAGAUCGAGGUCGCACAGUGAUACGCACUGCUUAUGGUCGAUUUGAUAGUUGCAGCCAAUCAGCAGUGGCAGAUUCGGCUGGCGCUCCUUGGGGCUGCCGAGGAAGACCGUGCCGUACUGGGGGGAGGGAGCGGGGUGAGAUGGGUAUCAUCAGCAAUGUAGUAGUCGAGCAAUGCGCACCACACCGCAGACGAUGACGCC